GGAGAGCCCGGCUGCCCCAUGUAGGGCAGGGGCAGGAAGGCAUUGUGGCCUAGUGGUCUGACCGCUGGGGCGGCGCAGAAGGGAAGGGGCCAGGCUCUCCUGUUUCCUCUGCCCUAUCUUUCUUGCGGGGGGCGGGGGGACGGCUUUAAUGUCUCCCUCCAGCCUCGUCUGCUUGCGGGGGCUUCUGCCAGUGGAGGGCCUGGGCGGCCGCCGCUACAAGGUGGGAUGGGGCAGAAGAGCGGGGUCAGCAUCGGCCCAAGAAAAGCGCAGCGGCCCGGCCAGGAUCGGGGGGGCGCCGCAGUCUCCUGGAGCAGAUGCUGCCGCGCAAGGUCUCAGGCUUGUGGCCCCGAUCUGAGCCUCCAGCUGAUGGCCGAGGAUGGCAGCAGGAUUGGGGCCCUCUCCACCGGCCGGACCGGGGGCCAGGCUGGAGGUGCCCAGGAGGCAUCGUGCAGCCCGGAGGACGACGACGACGACGACAACGUCUUUGUGCAAAGCCCCGGCCCGGCCUCCGUGCCAGCCUUCCACGAUGGCAGCGUGGAGGAGCUCUAUGAGCUGCUGGAGCAGCUGGGCAGCGGACACUUCGGUGUGGUGAAACGGUGCCGGGAGCGGAGCACCGGUGCUUUCUAUGCAGCCAAGCUUGUGAAGGUGCGGAAGCGCAAGGGGAGCCGGCUGGGCGUGGAACGCGAGCAGGUAGAGCGCGAGGUCUGCAUCCUGCGGCAGCUGCGCCACCCGAAUAUCAUGCGCCUCUACGACAUCUUCGCCAGCAGGGCCGAGAUGGUGCUGGUCCUGGAGCUCAUCCAGGGGGGAGAGCUGUUCGACUUCGUCGCGGAGAAGGAGCUGCUGACCGAGGUGGAAGCCGUUGGGUUCCUGCAGCAGAUCCUGCUGGGGGUGGCACACAUGCACUCCCACCGCAUCGCCCACUUCGACCUCAAGCCCGAGAAUAUCAUGCUGCUCCAGAAAGACGUCCCCAACCCCAAGAUCAAGAUCAUUGACUUCGGCCUGGCACAAAAGCUGGAGGAAGGGGAGACCUUCAAAAGCCUCUGUGGGACCCCGCAGUACAUUGCUCCUGAAGUGAUCAACUACGAGGCCCUGAGCCCAGCGACUGACAUGUGGAGCAUCGGAGUGAUCACGUACAUCUUGCUGAGCGGCAUGUCCCCCUUCCAGGGCGAGACCGACACAGAGACCCUCUCCAACGUCGUCUCCGGCAACUAUGAGUUUGAAGAGAAGUACUUUGGCCAGACCUCCGACAUGGCCAAGGACUUCAUCCAGCAGCUUCUGGUGAAGGAGCCAGGGAACCGGAUGACGGUGGUCGAGUGCCUCAGCCACCCCUGGAUCAAGCCCCUGAAUCAGAGGCAGGCCGUGAACCGGAGCCGCUCCUCCAUCAACAUGAAGAACUUCCGCAAGUUCAACGCUCGCCGGAAGUGGAAGCUCUCCUACAACAUCGUGUCGGCGUGCAGUCGGCUGUGCCGCAUGCACCUCCUGUGCCAGCAGAGGCGAGCGGAAGAGGAGGACCUGCGCGAUUGCGAGAGUGACCAGGAGGACGGUGCUGGCAGCCCCGUGGCCCUGCUCCGGCGGCGGAGGAGUAUUUGCUCCUGAUCCCCCAGGCCCAGGGUCUGGCUCAUCGGUCGGCAGAGAGUUGACGCAGGCCGGCCGGCCUUGGAUGGUGCCUCCAGCGCAAGAGGCUCCGGCCUUCCGUGGCCAGCGCAGGGUCCUUGCUUCAUGUCGCGGGGAGGCUGUGGGGCACGCCUGGGGCAGACCUGCUUCCUGCUCACGGCUGGCACAGCGGCCCUCCGCCUUCCCCCCCACGUCCCCCGCCGGCACAGCCGCAGCCCCUGCACCCACCCCGUGGCGCUUGGCACUUCGGGGGGAGGCCUCCGGUGAGCCACGGCUGCCUUUUGGUACAGCUGGGAGGGCUCUUCACUGCAGACCCUUCCCUGCCCGUCCCACGCUGCUUGGGAAUGGACGCCUCCCUUUCUCUGGGGAGCAGGUCAAGCAAAGCCUUACGGAACUGCCUGGCCGAUCUUAAUGCUCUAAUAUAUUUUCAGAAAAUAUACUGUGUGACUUUUCUAUUGCA